AGCCCUCUCCGCACCCUCGAAUCUGCUUGUGAACGAAACUAUUCCUUUCUCAACACAAUCUAUUUCGAUCGAAAUAUGUCACAGGAUGAGGUAGCGGUUGAUGCUAUUAAACACGCUCUAAAGGCUCUGCGGAAGCGGCAUUUGCUAGAGGAAGGCGCUCAUGCUCCGGCUAUCGUAGCUCUUUCCAAACCUUUUAUUUAUCAGGGAUCUGAAUGGAAAGAUAAAGCAGAAAAUCUUGAAGUGGAACUACAGCAAUGUUACAGAGCUCAAGCUAGAUUAUCAGAACAGCUUGUGGUGGAAGUGGCUGAAUGCAGAGCUUCAAAAGCCUUGGUUCAAGAGAAAGAAGCAAUAAUCAAUGUUAUACAAAAUGAGCUUACUAAAACAAGGGAUGAAUGCUUGCAACUAAAAGUUAUUGUAGAAGAAAAGACUAAAGCUUUAGAAUUAGUUAUGAGUGAGAAUCAGGAGCUUAAAGCACAGCUACAAGAGAUGACUGUGAAAGCUAAGAAUAUAGAGGCUGAAAAUAAGACGUUGAUCGAUCGCUGGAUGUUGCAAAAGAUGCAGGAGGCUGAACACCUGAAUGAGGCUAAUGCUCUUUAUCAAGAUAUUAAAGAUCAGCUCAAGGCCAGUGGUAUAGCACAACUUGCUCGGCAGCAAGUGGAUGGUGUGGUACGCCAAAGUGAAGAAGGUGCCCAGUACUAUGGGGAAUCAACUGUUCCGAAUACAUGUAAGCACAGGAUCCAUGCCCAUGAGGGUGGCUGUGCAGCUAUAUUGUUUGAGUACAACUCUGGCAAUUUGAUUAGUGGGGGACAUGACCGGGCAGUCAAAAUGUGGGAUACAAACACUGGAUCAUUAACUCGCACUCUUUAUGGUUGUGUGGGCUCUGUUCUUGAUCUUGCUAUUACACAUGAUAACAGAUCCAUAAUUGCUGCAAGCAGCUCAAAUAACUUGUGUGUAUGGGAUGUGAACUCAGGUCGGAUCCGUCACACUCUUACAGGCCACAUGGAUAAAGUUUGUUCUGUAGAUGUGAGCAAAAUUUCAAGUCGUCAUGUUGCAAGUGCAGCUUAUGACCGUACUAUAAAAGUUUGGGAUUUGCAGAAAGGUUAUUGUAUCAACACUAUCAUUUUCCACAGCAACUGCAAUGCACUUUGCUUCAGCACAGAUGGACAAACCAUUUGUUCAGGUCAUGUUGAUGGAAAUCUUCGAUUGUGGGAUAUUCAGACAGGAAAACUACUUAGUGAAGUUGCUGCUCAUUCACUUGCUAUUACAUCUAUCUCUUUGUCUCGAAAUGGGAGUGUGGUAUUAACAAGUGGGAGAGACAACUUGCAUAAUUUAUUUGAUAUGCGGUCUCUGGAAGUUUGUGGCACAUUAAGAGCGAAUGGAAACAGGGUGGCAUCUAAUUGGAGCCGAUCCUGUAUAAGUGCAGAUGACAACUAUGUUGCUGCUGGAUCCACUGAUGGAUCUGUGCAUAUUUGGUCAAUACUAACAGCAGAAAUAGUGAGUACUCUAAAGGAACACACUGCUUCAGUUCUAAGUUGUUCAUGGAGUGGACUUGGAAAACCUCUAGCCUCCUCUGAUAAGAGUGGAAUUGUUUAUACAUGGACAUGAUCGGUCUCACUUUGACAGUUGUAACUGUGACAGAAGAUUCUGUCUCUCUCAAUCUCUUUGCUGGCUUUGUGUGAGAUACCAAAACCUUAUAAGCCAUUUCAGGUUGCUUGACCCCAAAUCACACUACACAAUGAUAAUGUCCUUCCACUGCUUGGAAUCCAGAUGUUUGUGGGCUUCUAGUUGUAUAGGUUUCUAGGUCAGGAGAUGCCAAUAAUGAACAUCUAAAGUCCAGGUGUACCAUGACCAGAAAAGGGUCAAUAUUGUUGAAGAAAAUGAGGGUUACUAAAAGGAAUUGUUGUGACAGUGCAUCAGUGGAGUAUUUCAUUAUUUUUUAAAUAAAUAAAGGGAACUUGUUUGGUUCUCGGUUGGUAGAAA